AUGCGAGGCGUCUCGAUGCCCACCCACCAAUACGCACAACUAGCAGAAGCCUAUCUCCAGCCCCGUAUCCUAAACCCAGGGGAAAAGCACCCCCAAGUGAAGGUCCCGGAUAUUCUGUCGCUCGCGAUGACUACGCGCGCUUAUACGCGGGUUGUGAUGCGCUUGAGGGCGCAGGCUGAGAGUGAGGCGAGGGCUGUUGCGAGGUCGCAUGUUAGUCCGGUGCAGUCGAGGCCUGCUACGCGCGAUGGGCAGGCGUCGAGGCCUGCUACGCGCGACGGACAAGCAGUGCGGCGGUCUUCCUCGAGUCGCACACCAUCGCCGACAUCGUUAUAUUCUCACGGCAAGUCUUCGGUGUCUGCGUCAAAUCAGACGUUCCAGUCACCUCUGGUCCGGCUUCACCGUGCGCCGCUCUUGCGGGUGUUUGUUCCUUCUCCUGAAGGGGAGUGGUUAUCUGACUCGAGUGUUGUUGAGUGCGAGGCUGAGCUGAAGCGGGCUGGUGUUUUGAAGCUUUUGAGGGUUGGGGAUGUGGUGUGGGAUGUUGCUGUGGGUGAUGAGGGGAAUUUGGGGAGGAUGGUUUGGGAUGGGAGUUACCUUGUGGACCUUGAUCACAAGUACUCGCGAAUGGGCGAGCUAUCGCCUUAUUUCCACAGUCUAGCGUUCUCUCCAUCAUAUUUCCACCGCGUCAUCCGUACGGGUGUCAGUACUGUCUUGAACCCUGGUGGCAAUCCUAUUGUUUAUAUAGAUGUUAGUCCUUGGGGCCAGGAGCUUGCUGCUAACUUGCAGUUGUUGCAGGAUAGAGCUACGACAGCGACACCUCACGGAGCACUCCACAGCGUCGUCCACUGGCUCCACCGCUCCUCAUUCACGAUCCGACCCCCCGUCUCCCCCCACCACCCACACGCCUACUCGCACUCUCAAAACCUGCGACUCCCAAUCCCCAACGUUGCUGGCUUCUUCAUCGAUCCUGGCUGGUACGGGACUGUGGUAGUCGAAGCCGAAGGCACGAACGAGGGCCUUGCAGAUUUCCAGGCGAGGUGUGGGCCUGGUGCGUUCCCUCCCCGCGCGGAUAAUGUUACGUCGAAGAUGAGGAGUGAGAAGGAGAAGGGGAGUAGGAGGGUUUAUAGGGUUCUUAGGGAGAAGAGUCGCCCUGGUGAGAUUUGGAUUCGUGCCGUUCGUGAAAAAGAACGUGUGAUGUGA